AUUCACUUCCUUUUCUGUUUCCCCAUCCUCGCACCUAAAGCUCCGCAACAAUUCAGAUUCGUAACCUUGCUUCGCCUUGAUUCGCUAGCUCUGAAAACCCCGUCCGAUCUACGCCGACUACCGCCUCUGGUUUCCCAUUGGGUGCGCUUGACGUCAAUCACCGCCGCGGCUCUGUGACGCAAGCAUGCCGAAAAAGGCAACGUGUGCGGGGGGCGUUGCUGUGAGCCACGCGCGGCGCGGUUGGCUGUUUCCUAUGUCACUCAACAGAGCUAACUUCUUGGCGCAGCAGCGGUGUUUGUGGGACAGCUGAAAGAGAAGGUAGUGGCAGUAGGAGCCGCUGUCUGGGCGCCGCUGGCCUUAAAGGGACAUGCACCCGUUGCGGCCCCCCUUUUACGACAUGGCUGUGGCAGGGGACCCGGAGCACACGGGUACAACUCUUCGCGCAAGUCACAGGUCGGCAUCCUUCACAGAUGGGCUUUCUUCAGCCGCUUCAUUUACAGAGUAUCCCAGGCACAAACCUUUCAUUAAUGCUGACUUGCGACGGUCACCUGCCAAGCCAGUAAUUGCAUAUCCAGAGAGUAACAGCAAAGCAAUAUUCUCAGCUCUGAAGAACCUGCAGGAGAAAAUACGACGGCUGGAGUUGGAACGGAUUCAAGCAGAAGAGAGCGUCAAAACCCUAACCAGGGAAACCUCUGACUAUAAGAAAGUGCUGAGUGAGCAGCUGCUGGAAAGAGUGCAUUCGAAGUUUGAGGUGUCAAAGAAAAAUGAAGAGUUGGCAGCUCAGCUGGCAGGUGCCGAGACUCACUGUGGCCUUCUGGAAAAGCAGCUGGAUUACAUGAAGCAAAUGAUUGCACAAGCGGAACUCGAAAAGACAACUGUCUUGCAGAAGCAGGCUACGUUAGAAAGAGAGAGAAUCCUUGAUCAAUCACAUGUGAUGUCUAAAUUGGAAAGGCUGGAUCUGCUUGAGAAAGAAUAUGCCAGGCUUACUGCAAUGCAGUCUGUUGCAGAGAAAAAAAUGAAAGAGCUGGAAGAGAAGCUCCUGGAGGAAGAAAACGCGCGGAAAUCGGUGCAGGAGAAAGCUGCUGAACUUCAGACUGGUUUGGAGAAGAACAGGCUGUUACUUGAAGCCCAAACGCAGCCAGCACUGGUGUCGGAGCCUUUGAAACCAAAGAAGAACAAGAAGAAAACAAAGCAGCUGGAAAAGAACGACUUUGGAAUGACCCACUUCCACGCACAGCCCCACUAUCGGCUGCGGCUGGGUGAUGUGCCCUUUGUAGCUGGAAAGUCUACUAGCCCCAGCCACUCGGUCGGAGCCAAUGUACAGCACGUGCUGCACCUGAUGAAGCAUCACUCAAAAGCCCUUUGCAAUGACCGUGUGGUCAGCGAAGUCCCCUUGAGUAAGCAGAUGAGCAGAGGCAGGAGAUUCUCCGGGGCAUCCAUUUCUUCCACGUCUCAGGGAGACCUCUCCGAGGUGCUGCUGACAUUACAAGAUGAAUUUGGGCAGAUGAGUUUUGAUCACCAGCAGUUGGCAAAACUCAUCCAUGAUGCACCAACGAUUGCCUUGAGGGAAGACCUGGAGAGGGAGCUGGAACUGCUGGUGAAGAGGAUGGAAGCCAAAGCGGAACAAAUCACUAAAAUCCAGAGACAUCGGACACGACUGGAGAAACACAAGAGGGAAGGCAAGACCAAGCACUGCUGCUCUCAAGAGCCAUGCGAAGGUGGUGAAGGAAAAACUGGGCCGAUGGCCAUCAGGGUGAAACACUCCAGCCUGAAGGGGGCGCCUGGAGAGCGGGGCAAGAAGAGCCUGCAGUUGCUGAGGGAAAUGCAAAGCAUACAGACCUCCCUUCAGAAAGAUGACGUUAGUUGGGACUACUGAGGCGCCUUGCGUGUGUAAUUUGUUUUGUUUGCACCUUUUUCUCUCGUUCUGGCUCUGCUCUGAGCUGUGUUCCCUGCUGGGUGAAAGACUCUGCCAUCACAGCACUUUCUAAACACAAUCCCCUCAUUUUUCCACCUGUGCGCCUGAUCAUGUUACAGCUCUAGUCCUGAUGAGGGAGGAGAGGGAGGUGGGAAGGGGAGGAAAUAAGAUAACCCUAUUAUUAUUUUUAAUUCAUUGCCGGUCACUUAACUGUCAGCUACUGUUUUCCUCUGAAGCUCAAUCCUGCCUCGGGCAAUUAAUGUACUUGCUCGCCUGAGGUGAUUCUUUUUUAAGGCUAGAGACAGGCAGUAGUGUCGCCCCAUCCCCCCCAAGAAUUGAAGUUGGUAUGAUGGAGACAUCGUUGUCUCUGGCUGCAUUUUUGGUAGGUUUUUGCCCUGCUUCAAAAUUUGCACUGCUGUCUGGCCAAAGAUGGUGAAAGAUGCACCAUAAGCUAUGGUAUUAAAAUGUAUGUUUUGUCUUCAGUUUUAAACCACUUUUUUUUUUAAAAAAAAUGCUCUUUCUUUAUGUGUGGAAGACAUUGCGUCUUGCCACUUCAGCUGCUUAGACCUCAACAUCUCAGUAAGACCCUCCCAUUUUGAAAUGUUGUAGAGCCAAGCAAGCAAUCUCUUUGACAUUCAGUUGAAUAGCAUGGACUUUUACCUCAGCUUACCGUUAUGCUUUCUUCAGAGUUUUUUAACCUUGGGAUUUUAAUAAUGUAGUUUCAAAAUGGAACUGAACAGCUGUUUGGCUUUUCUCUCUUCCUCAUUUUUUUUUCUCCUUGCAGAAGAGUGUGAGGUCAAUGGUUUAUAUAUAUAUAUAUAUAUAUAUAUAUAUAUGUAAAAGGGAAAAACAACACUUCAGAUCAUGGCUGUUCUUAUGUUGGCAGCUGGUUUUUAACUUAACUAUUAUUCACUGGACUAGGAGACUUGGCAGCUGUCAUGGUACUAUGGAUUUGUAUAAACACAGAGAUAUUUAUUUAUUACAUUAAUAAUGUAAAGGCUUUCCAAUGAUUGGAACGUGCUGGUGACUCAAAAAAUUGCCUGUACUUUUUAAAGGUUUGAUAGGGAUGCAAUAAAGGCAACUUGCUAAUUGAAUAAAUUAGGUGGAAAA